AUGGAGAGCCAGAAAGAGAUUACGAGUCCUGACUUGUCAUCAUCCGCAGCAGUUGAAAAGUUUCUCGAGCAAAAAGAAGUGGCAUUCAAAUGGUUGCCUAGGCUUGUGGCAUGGGAGUCGGGGAUCCUAUGGAGUUUAUCAACUUCAUCAAUCAUUAUAUCUAUAGCCAACUAUAUGCUCAGCUUUGUCACUCUCAUGUUUUGUGGCCAUUUGAGUCCUUUGGAGCUUGCCGGAGCCUCCAUUGCUUGCGUGGGAAUUCAAGGCCUUGCUUAUGGCAUCAUGUUGGGGAUGGCAAGUGCUGUGCAAACAGUGUGUGGACAAGCAUAUGGAGCCAAACACUUGGGAGCAAUGGGGAUCAUAUGCCAAAGAGCAAUCAUCUUGCAUUUGGGAGCAGCAGUCCUCCUUACAUCUCUGUAUUGGUGGUCAGGACCAAUGCUUAUAGCUAUUGGACAAUCACAUAUAAUAGCAGAGAAGGGUCAAAUAUUUUCCAGGGGUUUAAUCCUUCAACUCUAUGCAUUUGCCAUAAACUGUCCCCAACAAAGGUUCCUUCAAGCACAGAACAUAGUAAAACCUUUAGCAUUCAUGUCUAUCGGAAUUUUGCUUCUUCACACUCUCCUCACUUGGUUGGUGGUUGAUGUUGUGAAAUUUGGGCUAUUGGGAGCUGCUCUUAGUCUCAGCUUUUCUUGGUGGUUGCUUGUGAUUGCAUCUGGGGUUUACAUUGUUCUGAGCCCCAGGUGCAAGGAGACUUGGACUGGCUUCUCUAGCAAAGCCUUCAGGGGAGUUUGGCCGUAUUUUAAGUUUACUGUUGCCUCUGCUUUCAUGCUUUGUUUGGAGAUAUGGUACAGCCAAGGGCUAGUGCUUCUGUCAGGGCUCCUCCCCAACCCUACAAUCUCCCUAGACUCCAUUUCUAUUUGCAUGAAUUACUUGAACUGGGAUAUAACAUUUAUGUUAGGCCUAGGUGCAGCUGCCAGUGUUCGAGUCGGUAAUGAACUCGGAGCCGGUCAUCCAAAGGUGGCCAGAUUCUCAGUGUUUGUGGUGAAUGUAACCAGCGUCCUGAUUAGUGUGAUCUUCAGUGUGAUUGUACUAUUCCUCCGAGUUCAGUUAAGCAAGCUAUUUGCAAGCGAUGCAGAGGUUAUCAAGGCAGUGUCUGAUUUAACUCCAUUGCUCGCCAUCUCUAUUUUUUUAAAUGGAAUUCAACCUAUACUCUCAGGUGUGGCAAUUGGAAGUGGAUGGCAAGGAGUUGUGGCUUAUGUUAACUUGUUUUGUUACUAUUUCAUUGGUCUUCCAAUUGGGUGUGUUCUUGGCUUUAAACUUAGAAUGGGGGUGGCAGGUCUUUGGUGGGGGAUGAUUAUUGGAGUUUUCUUACAAACAGUAGCUCUAGUUGUCCUCACGGCCAGAACAAAUUGGAAUGCUCAGGUUGAAAAAGCAGCUGAGCGCUUGAAGACAUCUGCAAGUGAAGAAAACUGUACCUUACCACUAUAG